GGGGAGUAAAUGGUACACAGAUAGCAACAGAUCCCAGAGAGACUAACCAAAAAAAAAUCUAACUGUGGAUUAAAUAUUUUGUACGGGUUACUCCUCUGUUUUAUGUUGCUGAAAGAAGACUAUCGAGUUUAAAUUACAGCGCCAGUGUUGUUGGGUGAUCAUAAUAUAUAGGACUAUUUGUGUAUUUACGUUGUGUUGGAGAUUAUAUUGCAUUGUUUUGGUUUGGCAAAACGAGUUUAACGGAGUAUUUCCGUCGGCUUGGUGGACUCUUCAGGCUUUGUGAAUGCACUUAGAUGUUUGCAAUGAGCACUGUGGCUGGCAUGCCCCAGUGUUUUGGAUGCCAAUGUAUAGGACUCCAUAGAAGUCGAUGUUAUCAGCAGCGAACGUCAUGAGCAUAGUGAUCCCAAUUGGGUUUGAUACAACGGAGACUUCAUAUUUGGAAAUGGCUGCAGGCUCAGAACCAGAAUCUGUAGAAGCAAGCCCUGUGGUGGUAGAGAAGUCGAACAGUUAUCCGCACCAGUUAUAUACCAGCAGUUCUCAUCAUUCACACAAUUACAUUGGUUUGCCUUAUGCAGACCACAAUUAUGGUGCUCGUCCUCCGCCAACACCCCCAGCUUCACCCCCUCCAACUGUCGUAAUAGGCAAGAAUGAGGUGAGCAUAUUCACCACAGCUAAUUUUGAUGAGACUUCCAGUGCCACGACAAUCAGCACUUCUGAGGAUGGAAGCUAUGGCACAGAUGUUACCAGGUGCAUCUGUGGAUUUACCCAUGAUGAUGGAUACAUGAUCUGUUGUGAUAAAUGCAGUGUUUGGCAGCACAUAGACUGUAUGGGUAUCGAUAGACAGCAUAUUCCAGAAACAUAUCUUUGUGACCGUUGUCAACCUCGGUGUUUGGAUAGAGACAGAGCUGUGUUGCUACAAACAAAGAAACGGGAAAAUAUGUCAGAUGGAGACACCAGUGCAACUGAAAGCGGAGAUGAGGUACCUGUGGAGCUAUAUACUGCCUUUCAGCAGACUCCUACGACGAUCACAUUGACUGCCACUAGGGUAACAAAGGUAAAUGAGAAAAAGCGAAAGAAAAGUGGAGAAAAGGAGCAGUUUGCUGCAAAAUCUAGAAAGCCUUUCCGAGAAGGAUCCAGAAAAUCUUCAAGAGUAAAGCAAUGUUCAGUAUCAGAAGCCGAUGUUGUUGAUAAUGCCAGUUUUGUGUGGGAAAACAAAAUCAAAACCUGGAUGGAUCGCUAUGAGGAAGCGGAUGGGAAUCAGUAUAGUGAGGAUAUCCAAAAUAUUCUUGAAGCACAUCGAUUAGCAGUAGAGAUAACUGAUGGACAUGAGAAAAUGGAAGUGGUCAGUAGAUCAGACCUAAACACCAACCUUACAGCCUUUAAGCCUCCAAUUGAGAGUCAAGUGCAGAAAAAUAAAAGAAUAUUGAAAGCUGCCAAAGAUUUGCUUCCUGAUACCUUUAUAAUUGAAUAUCGAGGAAAGUUUAUGCUACGGGAACAAUUUGAAGCCAAUGGUCAUUUCUUCAAAAGGCCUUAUCCCUUUGUGUUAUUUUAUUCAAACUUUCGUGGACUAGAAAUGUGUGUGGAUGCAAGAACAUUUGGAAAUGAAGCACGAUUCAUCAGACGGUCUUGUAUACCAAAUUCAGAGGUUCGACAUGUUAUCAAAGAUGGUAUGAUUCACCUUCAUAUUUGCUCUGUGAGAAGCAUUCCAAAGGGAGCUGAAAUUACGAUUGGAUUUGAUUUUGAUUAUGGGAACUGCAAAUACAAAGUGGAUUGUGCGUGUCUAAAGGGGAAUCCAGAUUGUCCAGUGCUCAAACAAAACUUAGAGCCAACCGAAAACAUCAGCACUGGCUACGAAACAAGAAGGAGAAAAGGAAAGAAAGAAAAGGACAACUUGAAAGAUAAGGAUGCUCAAAAUCAAAAUGCCUCUUCUGAUACUGAAGGAACAGCCACCAAAACAAAAGCUUUGGAUAAUAAACAGAGAAAAUUGUCUCCUCUCAGGGUGUCUCUGUCUAACAACCAGGAGCCAGAUAUAAUUGAGGAAAUAGAAGAAAAACCUCCAGUUAGCAAUGAAGUAGAGAUGGAAUCUGAGGAGCAGAUUGCAGAGAGAAAAAGAAAGAUGACCAGAGAAGAACGAAAAAUGGAAGCUAUUAUGCAAGCAUUUGCAAAGAUGGAAAAGAGAGAGAAAAGAAGAGAACAAGCUUUAGAACGAAUCAGCACAGCAAAAGAUGUCAAAGUGGAGAACAAAGAUAGCCAAGCAGUUGCUGUCGCAGAUCCCACACAGGAUUCAGUCAAGGAAGAAGUUUUAAGCAAACCAAAUCCUGUUAGGGUAAACAGAGCAAAACAGAGGAAAAGCUUUUCUCGCAGUAGAACUCACAUAGGACAGCAACGUCGAAGGCACAGAACUGUUAGUACGUGCUCAGAUGUUCCUCCAUCUUCUCCAGAAGUCGAUAUCUCCAGUAACCAACAGAAUGAGGUUGAAAAUUCUUUUCCUGAAGUAACACCCAGGUCAUGUGAUGCUGCUAACAUGGAAGAAGAGACAAUUGAAGUAGAACCGUCAACAACAACAGAAACCACCACAGUAACAACAGAAGAAGCAGCAGGAACACCAUCACCAACCAGUAACAAAACAACAACAAAGUACCCCAAGACAAAAAAGCACUUGGUCAGUGAAUGGUUGAAUGAGAAAGCUGUUAAACCAACAGACAACCCUUUAGAUAGACCUCUGCGGAUAACAACAGACCCUGAGGUUUUAGCUACACAGUUGAAUUCAUUACCUGGCCUUACACACAGUCCCCAUAUUUAUACAACCCCUAAGCACUAUAUUCGCUUUUGCUCCCCAUUCUUGUCAGAAAGAAGAAGACGGAAAGAACCUUUGGAACCAAAAGCUGGAUCAUGUAAAAAGCGUUGGUUAAAGCAGGCCUUGGAGGAUGAAACAUCUUCAACAGUUGCUGAUGCCUUUGACUCCACGUCUUAUGAUGGCUCUCUAAGUCCAGCAAUGAGUGGAGAAACUAACAGCCCAGGCACAACUGUACUCAGUGGGAAUUGCUGUUUAACAGAAUUAAUUACCCCUUUAAAGAAGAGGAGAUUGCGCCACCUAACAGAUUCUGGGUUACUUGAACCCUCCACUCCAAACCCUUCUCCACAGACGACUCCCCCAUUUGUUGAUAUUACAGCCUCAGAUCCUUCAAUGUGCAGUACUCCAACAAAAGGAAAAAUAGAGGAUGAAUCCUGUAGAAAUGGCUACAAGCCUGUUUAUUCACCUGUGACACCCGUAACACCCAACCUUCAAGGAAAUUCCCUGCAAUUUGAGAACAUUUCAUCACCUGAAAGUUCCCCAGAAGUUCAGCGAAGAACAUACAUUCAUGAGACUUCUGACAGGGUAUCCUCCCUCUUAGCACUGAAUUCUUUAAGGAGCUCCAGCCUAACAGAAAUGGGACUACAUGAUACAAAGACUAUAGGAGAUGUUAGCCCAAGGAGCAGGGCAGAAAUUAGCCAGUGCAUCAGUGGCAUUGAAUCUGUAUCAGAACUCCAGACAGGACAUGAAGCAUGUGAACAGCAUGCACGGCACAAAGAUUUAGAUUGCCCUGUUCACCAUGAUCGGACUGAUACAAACAGCCAAUCAGAACCUAUUUACAGUGGAAUGGGUAAUAUUUACUCCUCAUGGAUGAAAAGCCCAGAACGACCCAGCUUAAAUUUCUCUCCUUUGAAUUCCAAUCUUCGGGAUCUGACACCUUCGCAUCAGUUGGAGGUAGGAGGUGGCUUCAGAGCAAGCGAGUCAAAAAUGCUUCAGGAGGACAACAGACUAUCAUUUUCGGAAGGAGUUGGUUAUUACUGCGCUGAGGAUGGCAUGAUCAACUUUGGCAAGGGGAUUAAUGGGGACAGUAUGACAGAGGGAAGCUGUAUUCCACAAAAUCCACCGCAAAAGAAGAAAGUGUCUUUAUUGGAAUAUCGUAAAAGGCAGCGUGAAGCAAGGCAAAGUGGUUCCAAAUCAGAAAGCUUCUGUCCAGUUACCACCUCACUAUAUAGUGUUGUUAGUUUUGGUGGGGCCAGUAGCAAUGACAAUGGCAACAGCAGCAGUGGCAUAACUGCUAGUGGAGAGCAAGGGGGAAACGUCACUAUUCAGUCAUCAUGUUUGCUUGCUACGGUGGAGUCUGCUGGUCCAACUGAAAGUGACAACAAAUCUCCAGUUAAACAGACACCUUCAACAGAAAAGAAAUUAGAUGAUACAGACGUCCAGUGGACUGCCUCAACCUCUGUAGAGAAAGUAAGAGAAAGGAGCUAUCAAAGAGCUUUACUUUUGAGUGAUCAUAGAAAAGAGAAAGAAGGUGGAAUGAUUUCACCCACCCAUAGCCCAACAUCACCUCAUUGGCCACAGUGUCAUCUCCAAACUCCAUCUUCAUCCCACUGUUCAAAACCCAUUCCACGUCUUCAGCUGAAGAUCCCAGCUAACUCUCCUAGUGAACCUAACCUAGAAAUUUCAGAUACAGAAAACACAGAACAAGUUCCUGAAAAGGAGUGUCCAUCUCCAGUGAGUUCACAAAAGCAUAAUGUAAGCCCAUCAAAAUUAAAUAAGCCAGCACAAAUGCCUUCUCCACCAUCAUCCCAAUCCCAGGUAAAGUUGCAGGUGAAAUCUCAAAACCUGCUACAAUCUCAUCCUCCCCAAUUAGAAAAUACAAGUAAUACAACAGAGACUUCUAAUCAAAAUCAAGCUAAGUCUGAGACACAGCAGAAGCUACAUUUUCAGUUUGAUUCCCAACCAAUAUCAAAAAUUAAUGUUAAUGGCCAGUCUGGAAAUCCACAUUAUUUAAAAUAUCCAUGUCCAUCACAGUCUCAGAGUUUAAUAAAACCAUCAAAUUGUCAACCAACUCAGCAUCCAUUGAAUACUCAGUGUCCUGUGCUCCCACAACAUGCUGAGCAUCCUCUAAAAUCAUCAGCUCCUCACACGUCUGGACAGGCCAGCUAUCUUCCAUCAAGUUCUCAACCACAGCCUCAAAUACACUUACAUUCGCCAAAGUCUCAGUCGCAGCAACUGGGAUCACCGUACAGGACAAUUCAUUCACAAUCGCCUCAAGUAGGAACAGUGCAGGCAGCAUCACACAGGGGAUCUUUUUUAACCCCUGUCACUGUGGGACAAGUGUACUAUCAGACAGCACAGCCUGGGAGUUUAGCACAACAGCAGCAGACAAGUGCAGCAUUUUAUCCUUCAUUGGCAGCACCGUCAAGUCAUCAAUCUAGUUUGAGUCAGUUCAACCAGCAACAUUCAAGCAGUAGUGUGCCCCCGCCACCACCGCCGCCACCACCUCCACCACCACCACCUGCCUACUAUCAAAACCAGCAGCCUUCUGGGAACUUUCAAAGUUUCAAUCAGCCACGAACAAAUGUUUCCCAACAGGGAACAUUCUCUCCUGCAGCAAGUCCAACACAGAACUUGCCUGGAACGUGUUUGCUUCAACCUUCUCCUGGAUCCAUUUUACACCAAGGUCCCCCAAAGUCUCCAAGUUCUGCUUUAUUGCACGCUUCAGGAUCACUACCAGCUGCAACUGCCUCUGCUCAUCAUGCACCUUCUACAGGGCAGUAUCUGACACCUCCGAGUUCUGGCCUACAUCACUCUUCCUCAGCAUCUGCAACGCAACCACCGCCGCCACCUCCGGUCUCUCAGUCAUCCGGAUCAGGACAACACCUUGUGGCUCUUCCAGGCCCACAUCACCCUCCAACUCAAGGACAGGGCCCACAUCAGUCAUCAUUGUCACAUGUAACUAGUCCAGUUCAUCCAAUACCGCCAACCCAGGGGACACUACUACAUGGUCAGACUUCAGGACAUCAUCCUCCACCACCUCCACCACCACCACCACCUGGGCCAGCACCUGUUCAUCCUCCUCCACCUUCUGCAGCAGGACUUCAGUCUCUUUCAGCCUCUGGAACUACAACAUCACAUCACAAUCCACUUAAUUCAGCACAUCCUCCUCCACCGCCACCACCUCCACCACCGCCGCCACCACCUCCACCAGCUCCAGUUCUUGGGUCAGGACAUCAUGUUGCUCCAGGACAAGGGUCGCAUCUUCCAGCUCCUCAAGGAUCGCACCAUCUUCCUUCAGGGGCCCAUCAGUCUUUGAGUCACCACCCCUCUCAUCAUGCUGCUCUGGGAUCUCAGCUUCCACCUGCAGGAUCAGGAUCUCAUCAUUCACUGCCAAGACAAGGCUCUCACCAUCAGACUCAAGGAGCAAAUAGUAUUGCAUCACUCGCAAGCCCAGGAUUCCAUCCACCAUCCCCCAAAGUGGUACCUCUUCCACAUACAGGUCAGGGACUUAAACAAAUGCCGGCAUUACCCCCACAAAUUUCUGUUCCCAGACCACAGUUGCCACCAUCUUUCCAGCAAAACAAUUUUCACAGCUCAGGAUGGCAUUAAAAUGGGGCUGUGCUGACCCAUUUUGAACAUUAUUCUGUAAAAUAAGAUGUAAAUAUUUUAUGUAAUGUAUCUUUUAAAGAUACUACUUAAGACUUGUAAGUCAGACAUUGUAAUAAACUUGUCACCAGUGCUCAUCUUUAUUUGUCUUUCACACAACUGUUUUUGAUUCUUAAGAGACGUUUUACUCCUGUUGGAGCUGUAUAUAUCUGUUUGUGAAGCCAGUGGGAAGAAAAACAUUUUUCAAAUUUUAUUUUGUAAGUAGACAUUCCAGCCAUCCUAACUGACGUUGUAGUGCACAGGUUGGCUCAAAAUUGUAAUUUAGUAAUUUUAUUGUUGCAUUUAAAAAUGCAUUUAUUGAAUGUUUUGUAUAAAUUUUUUAUUCAAAUAUGUUAAACAUAACUGCACUUCUAAGGAGUGUUGGCACUCAUGCAAUUUACUUUCACUUUCUGUUCAAUUCCCUUCCUGUAGCAUCAUUUUAUUUUCCUUUGUAUACUAUUACACAAUAGCAGAACAAUGCAAUAUAGGUUUUGAUGCAGUUGCGGUGUGAAACAUGGUUCUUUUACAUGAUUGGUUAUUUGUAGAAAAGUAAUUUAAUGUAUAGAUUAUUUCUAAUUUCUUCUGGCAGAUGUUAUGUAAAUAAUUGUGCAUUUACUUUUUUUCCCUUGCUUGUAAAACCUGCCAAUGCUUCUCUCCCAUUUUUGAAUACUGUUGUACAUUCAAGUCCCUUUGCAAAUAUGUGUACGUUCUCUGUGAGCUUAGUAUAAGAAUUUUAAUUUUUUCAGAUACUGUCACACUGCAGCACUGGUUGGGCAUUUUAAUCUAUGUUAAUAAAU